UUAUACCCCUAGCACAGUCCCAUAAUUAUCAGUUUAACUUUUUUUCACUUGAUUUUUUUUGGGGUUUGGAAUCAAUCACAUUAUUCGUACGAAUAUUUUGCACAGAUUUGCUUGCAGGUUUUUGGAAGUUGUUGGGUACUGCAUACAGACCAUGCACAUGGCGUUUUGAAAGUAUCUAUGAUAAUUGGAGUACUUUUUAUUCUCCAUUGAUAGGGCCUUCCCGCCGUAGUAGUCCCGCAGAGAGAGAGAGAGAGAGAGAGAGAGUGAGAGAGAGAGGGAGAGCGAAAACCGGACGGCGAAUCUCUCUGUUUUGUGUAUUUGUAAGUUUGUGAAUCGGUCAACGUCAGGGUCUUCAAGAUUCGCUCCCCAGACUCUCUGAAACACUGACCGAAACCUCGUGACGUUCGUCACUUUUGCCGUUUUGGCCCUUUUCACUCGUUCGCUCGCUCGCUCGCUCGUUAACGACGAAUACUCAGUGCUUAAAAAUAUUCUCUCCAUUGAUGGAUUAUUCCGUGGCGUCUCGAACCCGCUUUCCCAAAUUAUUCAUAUAAUUAACCGAAUUCUCUUUAAUUAUAAAAUAUUUUUUUAAGCUUGAUCUUAAUUAAAUUAUUCUCUCUGUUUUGUUUUUUGUUUUUUUGUAAGAAAAAAAAAAUUAUGUUAUUGUUUAUUUCUUCAACAUUUGGAUCUUUUCUUGCUGGGUCUCGAUCAGCGUUACAGACAUGAUCUGGAUGUUAUUCGAUUCGGAUAGAAGGGGCAUUCCGAUAGAGAUAUUUGGAAAGCUCCAUUUCGAUCCCGUGACCAGUAACUUGUUCUAGCGGUUACUUCAACUCAACCGGCUUUCUGGAAGCCGGCGGAUCUAUACAGGUAGAAAGGCAUCUUGAAUUUCCCAGUACACCAAAAGAAAAGAAUUGUGGAUGGCCAUAGAAUCUGUUGAGGAAGAUGUCUAUGAUGCAACUUACAAUGGGUUAACUAUUGCCUAUAAGUAAAGGUUACGCUAUUAACCUCUAAUUUUGAAGGUUGUUUUUGGGAUUAGACCUUUCUGGUUGGUGUGACACAAUCAGACCUGAGAGCUUCCAUACAUUGCAAAUGACAACAUACGAGCAAGAUCCUGAUGUUCUUCAGUGGGGUCUACAGCUCUUUGACAGUGAUCCAUACUCUAGUUGUGGAUAUUAUGGCACUAUUAUGCAAGGUGACAUGGAUCAUUAUCAUGGACAUUAUUUUGAGGGAGAUAAUUAUGAUACAGAAUGUAGCAAUAUUGAAAAUGAUGAGCUUAUUGCCCAAGCUCUUCAAGAAGAACUAUCACAACUUGCAGUUGUAGAAGCACCUGGAUCUCCUGAUGAAGAAUUGGAGCGUUUGCAAUUAUCUGUUGUCUCACAGGAUUGGCUUGGUCAGUCUUUGAAAAACUCUGGCUCUGGUCAUGAAUGUGGCCAGGAAGAGGAUGAUACUAUGAGACCUUCUACUUCAUGUUCUAGCCCUGAUGAAAACUCAUACUGUGGGGAUGAGCUGUCAUAUUCAUUGGAGUUGAUGGAUGAGUAUGCUUUUGAUGGAGAAGUGGGAAAAAGGUUGACUCUGAUGGUUCCUGUUCCUCAUGUACCAAGAAUUAAUGGGGAAAUACCCUCAGUUGAUGAAGAAACAUUAGAUCAUCAAAGGCUACUGGACAGAUUGCAGUUAUAUGAUUUGGUUGAGCAUAAAGUUCAAGGUGAUGGUAACUGUCAGUUCCGAGCUUUAUCGGAUCAAUUUUAUCGAACUCCUGAGCACCACAAAUUUGUGAGAGAGCAAGUUAUAAAUCAGCUUAAAUCUUACCUGGAGAUUUAUGAGGGAUAUGUUCCCAUGGCUUAUGAUGACUAUCUGGAGAAGAUGUCCAAGAGUGGUGAAUGGGGUGAUCAUGUAACUUUGCAGGCUGCUGCAGACUCGUAUGGUGUUAAAAUAUUUGUGAUAACAUCUUUCAAGGACACCUGCUACAUUGAGAUUCUUCCUAAUGUUGAGAGGUCAAAGCGAGUAAUUUGUUUGAGCUUUUGGGCAGAGGUGCACUAUAACUCAAUAUAUCCUGAGGGAGGUGGGUUGAGUUGGAAGCUACAGCUUUUUCAACAUUUCAUCAGAUGUGCCAGCAUCCAUGAUUAAGAAGAAGAAAAGAAGGUGGAUGUUAAGAAAUAAGCAUUUGGAAUCACCAGAUCAAGGCUGAAUGAUAAUAAUAGACUUUGCGCUAUUACGUUCUGGCAGGGUUCCUUCCAGAUUGGUUUUCCAGCCAUCUUACCGACUUUUUCCAGCCAUCUAACCGACUUUUUGGCUGGGUUCCUUCCAGAUUGUUUGAAGGCAUGAAUGGUGCCGUACCUAGGCCUUAUCUGUAUGCUGCUGAUGCGACUCCAUACCUGCAAUUUUUUUUUUUUUAAAAAAAUCGUUUUUAUUGCGAAACUCUCCUUUUUGUUUCGCUACCAGUGCAGUUACUCUGCAACUUUUGCCUUCUGCUUUUCCAAAUCUGUUCCAGCUUGUGCACAAAAUUCUAGAAGCUUGCAUGUGCCAUUGAGGUCACAUUUACGGUUUGAGUAUUGGUAAUGACAAGUACAAGCGCAUUUCUGGGUU